AGCAGCAGCAGCAGCAGGGACAGCCCGGCAUCCCCAGGCCGAUGUCUGGUAACACGAUGAGCUACCAGCACUCACCAAUACCUGGCAACCCGACGCCGCCGUUGACGCCGGCCGCCGGCCUGCCCUACAUGAGCCCCGGCAACGACACCAAGCCCAACAUCAUGAUGCUGAACAGUACCAAAGAUGAUGAGCUGCGGCUGACGUUCCCGGUCAGGGACGGCAUUGUGUUACCCCCCUUCCGGCUGGAGCAUAACCUGGCUGUCAGCAACCACGAGUUCCCUCUCAAGCCCACCGUGCACCAGACGCUGAUGUGGCGGUCGGACCUGGAGCUACAGCUCAAGUGUUUCCACCACGACGACCGCAACAUGGACACCAACUGGCCGGCGUCGGUGCAGGUAUCGGUGAACGCCUACCCGCUAAACAUCGACCGCGGCGACAAUAAGGGCUCGCACCGGCCGCUCAACCUGAAGGAGUUCUGUCAGCCGGGCCGCAACACCAUCCAGAUCACCGUCACCGCCUGCUGCUGCUCGCACCUGUUCGUGCUGCAGCUGGUGCACCGGCCCAGCGUCCGCAGCGUGCUGCAGGGCCUGCUGCGGAAGCGACUGCUGCCGGCCGACCACUGCAUCAACAAGAUCAAGCGCAACUUCAGCUCGUCGACGCUGAGCGGCGCUGGUGGCGGCGACGGCGACGGCGUCGAGCAGACCGCCAUCAAGAUCUCGCUGAAGUGUUCCAUCACGUACAAACGGAUCACGCUGCCGGCAAGGGGGCACGACUGCAAGCACGUGCAGUGCUUCGACCUCGAGUCCUACCUGCAGAUGAACUGCGAACGGGGCGCCUGGCGCUGUCCCGUCUGCAACAAGCCGGCGCCGCUGGAGGGGCUGGAGGUGGACCAGUACAUCUGGGGCAUCCUGAACUCGCUGCAGAACUCGGACGUCGACGAGGUCACCAUCGACGCCUCCGCCAGCUGGCGAGCCAGCAACGGCACCACGGUCAAGAAGGAGGAGCCGGACAGCGACCGAGGGGUCAGUCCCUGCACCAAGCAGCGGCUCAAGGCCAUCAGUCCAGCCUCCAUGCAGAUGCCAACUAUGUCCAGCUGGGAGGGCGGGCAGAGCAUGUCUCCCUACUGUCCGCCUGACAUGACCAGCAUCAACAACGGCUCGAUGAUGCCGUACUCGUCAGCGGGCGGCGCGGCCGGCGCGCCGGUGCCGCCGUACGCCGGCGGUGCUGAAUCGGAGCCGAGCGCGCUCAGUCAGCUGAGCGACUCGGUCAGCAACCUGGACCCGCUGGCCGCCAUGGAGAAGAGCAUGCAGGACACGAUGGGAGGCCUGAGCGGGAGCAGCGGCAGCGGCGGCUCCAGCCUGCCGACGCCGGGUGCUGGCCAGUCGAGCCAUACUAUGCCCCAUACUCCCAUGACCCCGGGCUCCUCCUCUUCGGUCACCUCAACGAACGGCUCGUCCACCGUGACGACGUCGGCGGCCGGCACCAGCGGCGACACGCAGACGACCUCUGGCGGCAGCGGCGAGCCGCAGCUGCCCGACCUCAGCGGCCAGCUCAACUUCGACCCGGCCGACAUCGUGGAGGGCGACAGUCAAGGCGGCCCGGAGGCGCUGGACCUGUACCCGGACAGCAGCGUGGACCCUCUGGAUCUGCUGUCGUUCCUGGACCCUCCCGAGCUGGCCACGCCGCCCAGCAGCGGCGGUUCGUCCUCGCAGCCGGGACCGGCCGGCAGCGGCGGCGGCGGUGGCGGUGGCACGCCCUGCAGCAGUGCCACCGCCGAAGAGAUCCUCAGCCUGUUCGAGUGAGCGCGCCGAUUGGCCGCCGCGCCCGGCCGCGAGGCGCCGAUUGGUCCAGAUGGCAGGCCCAGAGGCGCCGAUUGGCCGCUGUGCAGCACCGGGUCUGCAGACUGGCCUCCGCGCCGGGACGGGCGCGUUGAUUGGCCGACGUGGUCGGACAGCACUGAUUGGCUGUUGCGUUGCACGUCAUCCGCUGAUUGCGUGCACGACGUGCUUCGGCUGGAUCGGCCGUCAGUCACGGGAGGAAAGGAGUUGGCGGGCCAAUCAGGAGCAGCCCGGUGCGCGCAUGGAACGGUCCUGUCGCGGGUGGGCUCGGUACGUGCCCAGAGCAGCAGCUGCCGGCUACUUCGCCGGAAAGUGCAAUAGAUGACCAAGUCCCGCGUGUGAAGAAUUCGCGUGCAAACCGGGGAUGGCUGCUUGUGAUAUACAAAGUAGGUAUGCAAAAUGUUCCUGUUCGCGCGUGUAUGCCGGGUCUUGGGCGUUGAGGGUGGCGACGCGAGCGGCGAAACCUAUUUAAGAUCGUGUAGAAAUCAAAAGAUGCGUUUAUUGCCCGCCCUCGCUGAGUAUGUACAAAUUUAGUGAGAAGCCAGGGAGAUGCGGAGCAAACCAGGGCCAAACCGGCGCGCCGACGAGUGUGGCGCAGCAGCGUCUGUUAACCAGCAAUCGUAUUGUUCAGCUGAUGGUCCGGGCAGGACGGGCGCCAUUUUGUCGCCGCGGUCAGCGCGCCGGCGCACCGCGCCGUGAUUGGCCAGUUUUGGCGCGGCCGAGCGUGCGUUUCUGUCUGUAUGGUAUAGCUUUAAAGGAGGCUGACGUGCUGUCUCUUCUGUUCUGUCCGGCCGCGGCCGGCGGCUCGCUCUUGUUUCACUGAUCAUACGGCUGUCCUGGUAGCCGCCUGUCGGCUCGCGCGCGCGCAUCGAGUGUCGGUCGUCUUCAGCCGCCGAGGUGCCAUUUGUUAGUUUUCCACUGAUAGAGCACGCGUUUUUAUUUUCCCUGUCAUCCUCGGCAGCUAGCUGAACUUGUAGUUCCAGUCCCUCCGCUGGCGGCGGCGGCGCUUGCGGUGUUCACUGACGUCACGAUGUCUGACGUCACUGACGUCACUGACGCCGCCGAUGUCUGAGGCGUGCGCGCUGGUGGGAUCGGUGAGUGGUCUUCACGAAUUCGAAGAAACAGCGGCGAUUGUUUUAUCUAAUGCAAUUGAAGCGUGACAAAAAUGCGGUGCGAUGUUUGGAAUGUCGCGCGGGCAUGCCGUACAUGUUGCGUUUCCGCGAUUUCAUGACGACGCGUCCAGCGCGCUGGCCCUGCACCGUUGUCUCCGUUUCUCCGGAGCCAUCGCAGGGUUGUUUCGCCUCAGUUCAUACCACAUGUUCCUAGUUUCAACGACGCAGACCGCCGGUAUUUUGAAAGAGCCCGGGUCACGUGUGCUGUCGUCAGCCAAUCACUGUUCGGUGUGACGUCAUUCGGGCCCCGCCGCCGCCGGAUGUUCACCACCUUACCAGUGUACCAUCGUUCGUAGCGACUGAAUACAUAUACUCAUAUGCAAGGUA